AUGGAGCAGCUACUUGAGAGACGUCGACGUCCCUCCGCUCCACUUCGACUCUGCCUGUUGGGGUUCUUGUCGGUCGCGAAGGGAAACGAGUUUUUUGACUGCGACACGCCGACCUGCGCUCGACACAGUAGUUGGCUGCCAGCUCCAUAUCCCAAUUCCACAGAUAUUUGCCAAGAGCUCCAGAUCAAAGCGCUUCAGAGCUUCGUGUCUGUGGCGCCCCAGCUCUGUCGCGAGUGGGCAGCUAACGGACUGGGAGUCUGGGAAGAUUGCCGCAAGUCAUAUUGUCAGGCUUUGGGAGACCUUGCAUCGAACUUGUCGCAUGCAGGCACCAACCUGUAUUACGGAGGUGAUGAAUGCCGGCCACUCGUAAACUUUAACCAAACUCUCUGCGAGACUGUUUAUCGCGAUGCUGAAGGCUUUUGUGAGUGUUUUUGUCCCUCUUUCGGUUUACUACAAGUCCCAAGCGUAGGGGGCUGCGAGUCCAAAAUCUACGAAUUUCUCUUUCUUGGACGCCGGGGUGUCGAACUCAGCCAGAAGUACGCGCUGAGUGGCUAUUGUGCAGGCUUCUUAUGUGAGUUCAUGAACAAGCUGGGAGAGCCCGAUCCGCCUUACCCAAUAGAGGGCCUUCCUGGCAAGUGCAAGAGCUUGGAAUUGCCGUGGCGAGUCGAGGGUUGCGUGAACUUAGUUUCAGAGCAACCAUACAACCCAGAAGCCUGGAAAACACCAUAUCCAGAGGAUAAUGUCAUGGAGUGUGUAGACAAAACUACGCACGAAGUGGACGUACGCCAUGCUGAUACCAUGCAAGUUUGCAACACGCACAAAUUCAGGUGGCGGUGUCCCAACAAUGUGCCUGUAAUGUGCAAGGAUCCAUAUUAUUGCACAGGGGACCACUGCUGCGUACAAACUGUUGACGAAUGUCCAUCGGGUGAGCGAGAGGCCUCUCCGAUGCUUGCUCUGGAGCUGCCCGAGUGGAUUGGCCGGCUUCCACCCAACAUGAUUGAGAGGCUUCGUACUACAACAAGCUUAGAUGCUUAUAAUCAAUUUCUUGGCAGCCUGGGCACGACCUCACGUGCACCAAGUUUCGCCCAACAGAUUUCUGAUUAUGCGUGGGCCGGAAGUGCGAUUCUCGUCGUCAUUGGACUUACAUGCUCUUGCCUGGCUUGUUACUAUAUGGGAUUGGUUAACACCAGCCACAUUCGCAAAGUGGUUCUUGGACCAGCCCGCCUUCUCAAUGCCUACCACGCGGACCCAGUGACUUUUUUUGCAUCUGGCAACCUGCCUCGCAACAAGAAGCGCGAAGCACCUCUGCCACCAAUGAGACCUGCACAUGAGAUCGAAGAGGAGCGCAGAGACAAUGAAGCUUGCGCUGCGCUUGAGGACGCAUGGGACAUCGUUUCGCUAAAGGGAAUGCGACAUUUGGUGGGCAGGGCGAACGAUCCGGACCCCUUCCAGGCUAAGCUAUUGCGCGAUGCCAUAUCCAUAGCCCGAUCAAGGGGCCUUCAGGUUCGUGCUGGUGUGGCAGACGUUCUUCAGAAGGGAGAGAAAUGGCUGAGCACCCUGGAGGCAGAGAGAGAACUACUGCGAGCCGUAGAGGAAGCUCGCCCUGAUCUGCGAUGGGCUGCCCAAGUCAGGUUGACCGAGGCACCUGUCGUGGGCAAGCCGUGGAUAGCAACGACUAUGUUCAAAAUGGCCGAGAGCGAGGUGCGAAGCGGCGGAUGGAAGCAUAUUGAAGAUCUACGUGCUGCCGUCCAGGUUGCAGAGUCUCGGGACAUCAGCGAGUCGCACAUGAAGGAGGCACAGGCGCUUCUAGCGGCGCUGGUUGCACGCACCCACGAGCUUCCCUCCGAUCGAUGCGUUCUGGAUCCAGACGGCGAAGGUAUCAAGCUGCUGCCAAAAGGCCACCAAAGAGCUGUCUGGCCAAUCACAGGUGACACCUACACCUACGAGCAGGGCUCAUCGCAAGGAGGUGACAUGGGUGUGGAUAUUCUACCUCCGAAAGAAGUCUUGGGUGAUGCUGCUGUGGAUGAUGCCCGGCCAGUGUGUGCCGAGUGGGCCAAGUCUUCUCGCUGCAAAGCAGGCCGCGACUGCCCCUGGCGGCACUGCCGGCCACAGGCUGGUGACUCCGUGCGUGAGUGCAUCCUUUUCGACAUGUAA